UUUGAGUCUGAGUCUCAUGCUUCAGUUCUGAAAGGAGGCGGCUUAUUUUUCAAAACUCUCUCUCUCUCUCUCUCUUUCUCUGGUGGCUGAUUCUCUUUCCCCUUGCUCUCAAUAUGAUGCCAUCUUGUGUAACUUUUAGGGAUCAGAUGGUCAAGCCAGACACCAGAAGGAUAGGCUAUAAACUUUGGACAGAGCUCUACACCUACAUCAACAACAUGGCUGCCAAAGAUGCCAUUAGAGCCACAAUGGAUGAAUUUGAGCCCAAACUAAAGGACGGUCUCCCAAUAGCUAAAGAGCUCUACAGACGUGGUGUUAUUUCAAAACACUCUGUUGAUAUGAAUGAUGCUGCCCAGUUUGCCAGCAUACCCUCAUACACACACAGUCACAAUGCCUUCUUCUCAAGUGUCGCCAGAGCUCUUGAUGACACCUUUGACAACUGGUACCAACUUUUAGACAUAUUGAGAGCCUACCCUGAGCUCCACGAGUGCAUUGACAAACUGGAGCUCAAGUACAAUGAAGAAUUAAGAGCACUGGAGGCUGACAAAUAUAAAGUGAAUCCUCCAUUACUUUCACCACAAGAUGCCAAGGUUCUGUUUGAGGAACUUGUCGAUGAAUUUGAGAACCUUUGGGUCGACAUUAAGGACAGGAUAAGAGAGAAGACUGACCUUGAAACACUCAAAUCCCACCUUCGAUAUGUGUUCCUCGACCAGCGAGAAGAAGUUGAAUCCAUUCAAGAUUUUGACGGAUUGUUUGACCGAAUUCGGACGAGAGUUGAUUUCACUAACUGUCUCCUGCUGGAGUCCCUAACGAUUGAGUUGGGCUGGAGGGACCUCGGCAAGAAGGUCACUUACUUCAUGAGGAAGAGGGCCAUCAAGUGUUCGUACAUGCGUAUGACAGACUUUGUAGAUCAAAUUGGGUCAAAUAAGAAAUACAAGUUCCCCAGUCCUGGAAUGGACCCAACGUUUAGACUAAGCGUUAACUGGAGUCAGAAUAAUAAAUCGGCUUUUUAUUAUUUCUGGUUGAUUGAGAUUGUAUUCUCCUCGUUAACUAAACAUCAGUACCUUCACCGGAUGGUAAUGGGACAGGACGGAGAAGAGGGCGGGUCUAGCGGGUAUGGCUUCACUUUUUAUUAUGCCACUCCUGAUUGGGUCACACCGUCUAUCAUAAAGGUCUCGAGAGAGAGAGGGUUCUCUUUGCAAUUGAAUGGAGUCACCUUCUGUACUGUCCUUGAUGAAAUCACCGUCACCAAUCCUGAUUGGAGUCUAACGGUAGAUGAUUACUUUGACUACAUGACCAGUACGGUGAGGAUAUCAAAUGGAUACAUUGACAGGGUCCUGGAUACUUUGGAUGGACUGGACCCAAGGAAGAAUUGGAUCAGUGAUGAUGUAGACAAGAAGUCAAACAGUUAUGAUCUUUUAUACGAUGAUUUUCCCAGAGCAAUACAAUGGUUACCAAAGACUAUUACUUUUGCAAAUUUUUUUCAUUUUUAUGAAAUGAAUCAUGUUUGGAUCUCCCAUCCAUUCUAUACUGCAAUGAAAGGAUUCAAAUUUGCACUGGUAGUUUAUCCACGUGGUAAAGGUACUGGAAAAGGCACCCAUCUCUCAGUUAGUGUAGUACUGAUGGCUGGUGAACAAGAUGACAUGUUAAAGUUUCCCAUUGCCGGAAAGAUUCAUGUUAGAUUAAUUAACCAGUUAGGUGACCACACCCACAUACAGGGAGUGUAUCACUUCAACAGUGAGACACGCCCCGAGGCCAUUAAUAAGGUCGAAGGAGGAGGGGACUUUGCCCCAUUAGGAUUGAGUAUCGAUGAGUUCAUCCCAAUAGAGUCUCUUGAGUUUGAUGAAGCUCAGGGUACUCAGUAUCUGAUAUUUGAACGUCUUUACUUUCAAGUAUUGCAGUCUGGCUUCUCUCAUAAAAUGCACUUUGAAUAGUUUAAUUAACUUUAAAGAACAUUAAUUAAUUGAGAUUAGUUAAUUAAUGUGUGUUGAAUUUAGGUUGAUUAGUUUUUCAUUUGUAAUAUCUUUUUUUAAGAGUUCUGUAUUUCCUUAGUUUAUAAAGUGCUUCCAAUUCUCCGAG